AUGCUGAUGCACCUUAUAAAGUGCCACUCCCCUGUGUAUUCUCUGGAAUAUGUAUUACAGCAGCAGCAACAGGAUGUGGGAAACAGCAACCGUUUUGAUGUAAGAACCCCUCAACAGGCACAUGUACCUUCUACCUUCUUCCUCUACAAAGAUAAGGGCAAACCUAUCAGCUUGAGUUUAUUUGUGCUUAUCCUAUUUAUUUUAUUGUCAGGCAACACCAACAGUAUCUUUGCACUGGACUACAUCAGUGGUGCUUUAACUCUGAAUGGGCCACUGGACCGAGAAAAUCCUUUCUACAGUGCUGGAUUUAUUCUUACAGUGAAGGGAACUGAACUGAAUGAUGACCGGACUCCUUCCAACGCAACAGUGAUGACUACCUUCAACAUCCUUGUUAUUGACAUAAAUGACAACGCUCCUGAAUUCAACAGUUCAGAGUACAGUGUGGCUAUUCCUGAACUGGCACAAGUGGGCUUUGCUCUUCCUCUUUUCAUCCAAGUGCAGGAUAAAGAUGAGGGACUCAACAGUGUUUUUGAAGUUUACCUGGUGGGAAACAACUCCAACCAUUUUAUCAUCUCCCCAACUUCAAUCCAAGGAAAAGCAGACAUUCGGAUUAGAGUUGCAGUACCCCUGGACUUUGAGACAAUCCCUCGCUAUGUAUUUUCUCUAUUUGCAAAUGAGAGCAUACCAGACCAUGUUGGUUUCGCACGGGUGAAGAUUAACCUCAUCAAUGAGAAUGACAACCGACCGAUUUUCAGCCAAAUCCUUUACAACGUCAGCCUGUUUGAAAAUGUUACAGUGGGAACUACAAUUCUGAGAGUCUGG